AUGGGAAUUCAACUCCGAACCGUCAAACACAAUUCCGCCAAAGAAGACUUUCCUAACGUUCACUAUACACCCACACAAUCUCCCUUCCAUGCGACGACACCACCCAGUCAAAAGGAAAAAGUUCCCGCAUCGUCGGCGAUAGUGUUACCUCCAAUCCAUUUUUUACCUACUAUUCACAAAUCGGGUUCUUCCCUCUUACCUCCACUACACAUUGCCAGUCCCAUUAGUCCUCCAUCUUCAUAUGCUAAGUUGACUGAAUAUAACUUGACAUCCAUGGGAAAGAACCCAGAUGCCGUCUCACUUCCAUCAUUAACCAGUUCUGCUUCAAUUGCAUCAUCAUCAGGUUCCAUUUCUCCUAUUGGAUCACCUCACGUUAAAACGAUUAAUAUCUUGAACCAAGCCGCCAAUAUCGUGGCUUCCAAAGAAUCAAAGUCCUUUAGCAUCAAGAACUCUCCUAAAAGACGUCAAAGACUCGGACCCUCUUGCGACUCAUGUCGUGUACGGAAAGUCAAGUGUAAUGCAGACAUUGUCAUUGUGUUGAAGGAUAUGGCAGGUACUGCUGAAACCUCGGCUCUUUACAAUGACGUUGAUUUCACUCCUCUUUUGAAGCAGGAAGUAACUUCAAUCCCAUUAGACACAGAGUAUCUGUUGCUUGCUUCCCACAACAAGUUAAUCAAGUUCAAACCUUGCACAAACUGUACAGCCAGAACUAUUGAUUGUUGUUUCUCCAAAGGGUUUACUAAGGAAGACAUGUUGCACAAAAAACCCUCCGAAACUGUCUCUAGUUUUAGACCACCUGCUUCGGACUUUACAUCUGCAAAGAGUUCUUCGCUUUUGGUAAGUAAGAAACGGAAAAUUAGUGCUGUUGAUUCCGACACGGACACCACCUUGAAACAAAGUCCUAGUGCCUCAAUGACUACAUAUUCUUCACCUGUUGCAUCUGAAAGCCAGGAAGACAAUACUACUGCACCACGAAGUUCUGCUACAACGAUGUCACCAUUGCCCAUCCCUGUUCUUAUCCCCAUCCCUGCCCUCGACGGGUCCCGGAGAUCUAGUUGCGCGGGAUGUCGCAAGCGUAAGGUAAAGUGCGUCUACAACGAGGAAACCAACAUGUGCCAUGGGUGCUUUAAAAAGGGCCACGAGUGUUUGUUCACAUGA